GUUCCUUAACCUGAAGACCAUUCGUCUUUUCUAAAUUGCAUCCUCCCUGAUUGGAUGACCCCUGCAAUUAAUCAGCAUUGAUUUCAAAUUGCUCUUUUAGGUGUAAGCACUGUCUUUUACCCACUGCUGGCUGAUGUGCUGCUACUGGCUAGCUUGAUUCAGAGAGCUGUCAAGCUCCUGUGGAAUGAGCAGCUGCACCUGGAGUGCUUAUCCUGUUGGAUCUGCUGUGGGAAGCAAAACUGGACCACCACAAAUAAGCUGUUCCAUGCUGACUCACUUAAAAGGAAAAAUCUGUUUUGAAGAUGCUGUUGGGUCUGUGGUAUUUGUCAUCUGGUGACAACUCUCACCUUGGGAAAGAAUGCAAAAUCUACCAGCUCCCAGCAAGGAGCAUUUUAGUCACAUCUUGAGAUUAAAUUUCAGUCUUCACUUUGAUGGGCUGUGGUAGGAGAAGAAACAGAAUGAGUGAUAAGUCUAACUUUUCCUUUCCCCAGCCACAGUCUCCUCCAUCACUCCCAUUACCUCUCCCACAUUCCACAGUCUUUCUGCAGGUCAAAUGUGUUGAGGGGCUCCCUGUAGACACCUGGGCCACCCAUGUGUACAGUCAUUUACAGCCAAAUGCUCCUGAAGUUUGGAUGCAGGAACAUACUUCAGGACAUGUUGUCAUACUAACUGGCUGAACAGCAACACACACACAUGUGAACAGCCAGGACAGAAUGACAACAGCCUGUGGGGCAGUAGGGCAGCACAGCCUGAGGACCACAGAAACCCUCUGCACAUACCAGCAGGGUGGGCUCUGCUCAGACCCAACAGCUGCUGCUGAGCUUUUCUGUGCUUUCUUCUAGAAACUCUUUCUUUUCCAACCAUUUCUGUGAUCCCCUUGUUGAGGAACAAACACCUUCAGUGCUGGUAGCUCGGUGUGCAGCUGCAGUGUCAGCCGCAGGGUGGGCUCUGGGCCGUGAGAGCCCCAGGCAAGAGGCCAGGAACUGGCACUGACCUUUGGCAGAACAGAGGGCACAGGACCUGUGGCACAGCCAGGUGACGGGACACUGAGACACAGCAGGAGCCGAGGACUCAGCAGGAAGAGCCAGGACUUUGUCACACACAGACUAGUAGAGCACAAAAGUUCAGUGCUUCCUUUGUUUACGCUCCUCCUUGGAGGCAUGAGCUCAAGCUGUUUCUGUGUUAUUGUACUGUUAAUAAAUUGCUUUAAGGAACCAGAAUUUUGAGGCUCUGCUAAGGAAAACCCAGGCUCAAGACGGUAAGAAAACCUGGUCUGAGUGUGUGUGCGGGGUGCGUAGGUAGUCAAGUGGGGCAUCCGUAAGGUUAGUGGAACUGCCUGCUGAGAAGGGGCUUUGGUCCCAGCAGUUAAAGUCUCUGGCGGUGGGAGCGUGAUUGCCAGAGUGCCUGCUGAAUGGUCAGUCAGAAAAGUUUCCUUUACACCCUUUCAGAAGGGAGGUUAUUCUGGGAUACACCAAGGCUUAAAUUACACAGCAAGGGCCUCCUUUAACUAACUUCAGCUUCAUUCCAGGCACACUGCUGUACCUGCUGUCCCCACUGCACAGGACUUCUCCCACCCCUGCUGCUUGGGUGUCCAGUGUUUCACCGAGCUUUAUAGCCAACUGCAACAAAAGCAUUCAGUGAUGGCACUGGGGUCUGAACGUGCAACUGUGGAUCCCUUAAGUCAAGUGGACUCAGGCAGAAUCCAGAAAUUGGCUAGUCUCAGCCAGGACUCGGGAGCGAUGUCGCAACAACUCCUUUACCGAGCUUUGGUGUCUGCAAAAUGGCUUUCAGAAGCCAUCAAGUCCCAGCAAGCUGGCUUGGCCUUGAGAAUCGUGGAUGCAUCCUGGUAUUUGCCGAAGAUGAAGCGUGAUCCGAAGCGGGAGUUUGAGGAGCGCCACAUCCCUGGUGCGGUUUUCUUCGACAUUGACCAGUGCAGUGACCGAACCUCGCCUUACGAUCACAUGCUGCCCAAGGCUAAUGACUUUGCCGAGUAUGUGGGGAAGCUGGGUGUGGGGAAUGAUUCCCAUGUUGUGGUGUAUGAUGGCAGCGACCAAGGUCUCUUCUCAGCACCUCGGGUAUGGUGGAUGUUCCGGGUCUUUGGACAUGAAGCUGUCUCCCUUCUGGAUGGUGGCCUGAAGAACUGGCAGCGAGAGGGGAAUGCACUUAGCUCUGGGAAAACCCAGGUGGCUCCAUCUGAGUUCCAUGCCUCCUUGGACAAGUCCCUGGUGAAAACAUAUGAGGACGUCUUAGAUAACUUGGAUUCCCGUUGCUUCCAACUAGUGGAUGCCCGUGCUGCAGGACGGUUCCGGGGAGUAGAGCCAGAGCCCCGAGAUGGAAUUGAGCCUGGUCAUGUCCCUGGGUCGACAAGCAUCCCCUUCACUGAUUUCCUCACAGAGUCUGGCUUAGAGAAGACACCUGAGCAGAUCCGCACUCUGUUUCAGGAGAAGAAGGUGGACCUCUUAAAGCCAGUGGUAGCCACAUGUGGCUCUGGGGUCACUGCCUGCCAUGUGGCUCUGGGGGCCUACCUCUGUGGCAAGCCAGAUGUCGCAGUGUACGAUGGUGCCUGGGUGGAAUGGUACAUGCGGGCACAGCCUGAAAAUAUUAUUUCUGAGGGGAAGGGGAAAACGGUGUAAUAAGUUGCAUUGUUUCUCAGCUGUGCACGUAGCUUGCCUUGAAAUAAGAUUUGGAAAAGAUGGGUUUAGCUUUCCUGAUUAGGUGUCUUGAGAUGAAGGCAUUGGAUAACAAUCAUGCGCACACUGUGCUUUGGCACUUUCUCCUUACCCUGCUGCUGCUUAGGAGGAUGAAGAUGACAACAGUUCUGGGCAGCCAGCUCUAGGUGACCCUGCUUGAGAAGAUAGGGUGAAACAGAUGUUCUCCCAAGGUCACUUCCAACCUCAGCCAUUCUGUGAUUCUGUGACCAUUUCACCGUAUCAGAUGGAUGGCAGAGAGUGCUGCUGCCAGCAUGGGGAAUUAAUUGAGUUAAGCCAAGCUCCUGACUCAAAACAUUCAGUCAUGUUCAUUCACAGGAUGGUCAUACUUACAUAAUUGUGCCUCAUAAUCCUGUUCUCUGCUUCUGUCCCAUUCAUGCAUGUUAUGGCCACUUUGAGUGCAAAACUUUGUGGAAAGAGAUGACUGUUAAAGGAGCAAACACAGCAUUCAGGUUGGCACUUAGGCUGGAGACUUGAUUUGUAUUUCUUCUUGUACUUGGACUCUAAUGUGUACCUAGCCAGCCUUGUAGCCCCGUUGUCCAAAAUCCUCCUUGAGAAAAAAAAAAAAAAGAAGAUUAUGGGAUUUAAACAAUGUAAAUAAACAUGUUUCAAGGUCUUUCUGCUGAAUGGAA